UUUUGGGUAGACCUGCAUCAUGUCUGUUAGCAUGUUAAUAAGUGUUGUUAUUUUGAUUAAUUGUGGAAACAACAUGAAGGAUGGAGAACUGCUGCUGCAUGUGGCCCUGCUGGCUGCUAUGCCUGCCCUUGAUCGCUGGAGGGCAGCAGGGCCCAACAUUUCACCCCUGCGCUUGCCCACAGCAGGGCAGCAGCACUCCAGGCACCAUCUUCACCAGCCAUGUGCAGCAGCAGGAGAGUAGAAGCAUGUGCCCAGGGGCCUUUUGUAGAGAAUCAUUUAGAAAGAAAACCAACAAUGAAGCCCUUUGUGCAAGGACAAGGCUGAGAAGAGUCCACCUCUUAGAAGACCAUGGUAAAGAGAGUGGCAAUUGUUGGAGCUGGUGUCAGUGGAUUGGUGUCUGUAACAGGGAAAGGACAGCUCCGUUUCUUUGAUGCUACAAAGUUGCAAGUACAGCGUGGCAGGCGAGCCCCAGGGGAGAGAGAUUUCGUUAUUCACCCCCACCUGGCCACAGUGUCCAUUAAGUGCUGUCUGGAGGAGGGGCUUCAGCCCACCUGCUUUGAAAAAAGCAAUGACUUUGGGGGACUCUGGAGGUUCACAAUAAGUGAACACAGUGAAGAUGGAAAGCCAAGCCUGUACAAAUCUAUGGUCAGGAACUCCUGCAAGGAGAUAUCAGCCUUCUCAGACUUCUCCUGUCCGGAGCAUUUUCCAAACUAUCUGCCCAACUCCAACUUCUUUGAAUACCUGAAGCUGUAUGCAAUGCAUUCUGACCUUGUGAAGCACAUCCAGUUCAAAGUGAGCUACAGAAUCAUAAAGAAAUGCUCAGAUUUCUCUACCACCAGCCAAUGGGAUGUUGUCACAGAGUCCAACGGGAAGCAGGGGUCAUCUGUCCUUGAUGCUGUUAUGGUUUGCAUUGGAUACCUUUCAGAGUCUUUCCUCCCACUGGAAUCUUUCCAUGGCCUGUGUCAGUUGCUUCCAGUGAACACCAUGGUGAAAGAGAUCAAAGAGAAAAAGCAGAAAAAAAUUGCUGGUCGGUUUCUCCUCUGAUGAAGUUCUAAAAACAAAUUAUCUUGUCUACGUUGAUGAACUUCCCUCUUUCAUUGGCUCAACCCCCAAUUUAUUGGCCCUGUUCUUCAAGGACCCCAAACUGGCC